CCUUUCUUUUCAAUUGAAGCACUUUCAUUUAAUUUUUUGUCGACAAAAAAUUCAAAAAAUCAUUGAACUUUCCUUUGUGAAAAUGGGGCCCAAAUACGAUCCUCAAAUUGAUUUUCCCGAAAUCUACAAUACCUGCAAACCUUUCAUACUAAAUGAUGAUGACUUAUUGAAAAUACGAAAUGUAAUGGAUCACGAAAUUAAUCUCGGUUUAUCACGAGACGGGCAUGAUAGGUCAUCGAUUCCGUGUUACCUAAGCUAUGUUCAGGAUUUGCCAACGGGUCGGGAGCGUGGCCGAUUUUUGGCUUUAGAAAUUUUACCCACAAAUUGUCGUAUAAUGUUGGUGAAAUUUAGCAGCGAAAAGGAUGUCUAUAUGAGUUCGAAAUGCAUUAUUAUGCCCCAUACCAUAACCGCUAGCAAGGGCAACGAACUCUUUAGUUUUUUAGCUCAACAUAUUGCAAUUUUCGUUAAGGAAAAGAAGGUGGAGAAGGAUAAUCUACCAAUGGGUAUAGCAUUCGCAUUUCCAUUGAAUAAAUUGGCCCUAGAUGUGGGCGUAUUGUUGGCCUGGUCUAAGGGUUAUGGUGCCCAGGGAGCUGUGGGCAAAGAUGUGGUGCAAUUGUUACGUGAAGCUCUGGUGCGCUAUCCAGAUGUAGCCGUAAAUAUAAUGGGUAUAAUUAAUGUCGGUACUGGCACACUAAUGGCCCUAUGCUGGACUAUACCCGAUACGAAAAUGGGUCUAAUUGUUGGCACCAUUACGAAUGCCUGCUAUGUGGAACAAGUAAGCAACUGCGAACUCUUUGACGAGGAAAUUGACACAAAAAAGGACCUUAUGAUCAUCAAUACCGAUUGGGCGCGUUUCGGUGAGAAUGGUCAACUGGAUUUCAUACGCAAUGACUUUGAUAAAAUUCUGGAUAGUGAGUCAAGCUCACCGGGAUCACGACUCUAUGAGAAAUGUGUGGCCACUCUCUUUGCGGGUGAACUGGUGCGUUUGAUCUUGAUGCGUCUUAUGAAGUCGGGCAUAAUUUUUGUCAAUCAAAAACGUGAUUAUAUUGGCAUACAAUGGAAGAUGGAAAUGAAAUCUCUUAUUGCCAUAGAAUCCGAUCCACCGGGAGUCUUUGUUAAGGCUCAAGAGGUAAUGGAUAAAUUUCAAAUACGUAAUUGCAAGGAAAAAGAUUUGGCUGCUCUUCGAUUUAUAUGCGAGACUGUGAUGACACGUUCUGCCCAAAUGGUGGGUUGUGGUGUUGCUUGCAUCUUGAAUCGCAUGAAAUAUCCAAAAGUGUCGAUUGCUGUUGAUGGUGGGCUAUAUCGUCUGCAUCCGACAUAUCCGGUUAAGUUGAAUUACUAUACCCGAUUGCUAGCUGAUCCGGAAUAUAAAUUCGAAAUUGUUGUGGCCGAAGAUAGUUGCGGUGUGGGAGCAGCCAUAAUGGCCGGUCAGACCUAUGUGAAUGUGCAUACUCGUUCCGAAUCCAAGUUAUUUCAUAUGGAUAUCUAAAAGCAAAAUCCUUGUCAAUUUGAAAUUCAUUUUGAUAUGCGUUGAUAUCUGUAUUCUUUUCGAUCAAAUUUCUAAUAAAAUCGUUCAAUUUCGAUGGCAAACUUAA